CGAACGACUAGCACAAGAAGAUUUCAGAGGUGAACUAAUCAUUUCUGUUUCUCAUAAUUUGUCCUUGGCUGCGUUAUCAUUUUUUCCUUAUUGGGACUAUAAUCAAGUUUGCGUACGUAGAAGUGUUGUGGGGGUUUUGGCUAUUGAAAAUUUAACAUUUUAAUUUAAUUCUGCUCAAAUGAACGAAAUGACUUGAAUAAAGAUUCAUUUUCAUUUUGCUGAACAAGACUCAAAGAUCCAAGUCAGUACAAUCAUCUGAUCUUCCCAUCACUACUCCGGAGGUCGCAUCUGUCGGCCGCAUACCCACAGUGUUGGGAGUAAUGCGUUACAAAAAUAACGCAGUUACAGUAAUGUAUUGCUUUUUGCUGUAACGCGGUAAUAUAACGCAUUACUAAUAAAAUUUCGGUAAUAUUAUACCCAUUACAAUCUCAGUAACGCGUGUUACAAUGCAUUUUAAUCCGAAAUUAAGUGGUGUUUUGUUUUUUUAAGAAUUCACUAACACCGCGAAACAUUUCGACAUCAGAGAAAAAAAAUCAGUGAGUAAAAGAGUAACGUUAAUUCCUGUUGCUGAAAUUCGAUGGUUGAGACUGAUUCUACAUUUGCGAGAUGGACAUACUCCCAUUAUUUUCAGUUCGUCAGAGACAAGGAUAAGAACAUUAUAGUCAAGUGCAAUCUAUGUGCGACACCGAGGGAACUCUCUACAUCGAGAAAUAGCACUAGUAACUUAAAGAAAAACCUGGACUUGUGCCACGCUAACACUAAGCUAACCGAGAGAGCUGCAGGCGCAGAGAAGAGAAAGAAUGCUGAGGAUGAGAGCGCGGGAAAGACAAAGCAACAGAAAUUACGUUUCUCUUGGUCUGCCAUGCUGUUCAGCACCAUAGAUGCGCAGCCCAUACACUUAAUCUAAUUGCGAACAAUGAGGUUGAUAAAUGGCUAGCAUCUAAUCCAGAAUCGAGGGCUGUUUAUUGUAGUGCCACAGCCAAAUGUUCAGUGCUAUGGACAAAGGCCAGUCGUUCCACAGUCGCAUCAGAGUGCCAUUGAAGAGGUCAGUGUUAGAAAGUUGAUUGUUCCCACAGUAACACGGUGGAACUCAUUCUAUGACGCCUAUGCUCGGAUCACAGAAAUGCCCCUCACUGACAUCAAUAACCUCUGCACACAGCUUCAAAUUAAAUGUAUGAACGACAGGGAAUACCAGUUUCUCAAGGAAUACUGUUCCAUUAUGAAGCCUUUCACACUGGACAUCCUACAGGGUGAGGACACUUGUUUUUAUGGAAUGCUUCAACCAAUGCUAGAAGUUCUAAUGGCCAAAACCUCAGCAUGAAAAAUGGCCUAUCGCAAAUGACCACUGGGCUGCCUGAGGUUAUUGUGGGAGCAAUUAAAACUCAAUUUGCCACAACAAUUGUGUGCUGCUCCUUAACAACAGAAGAGCCUGCAGCCCUGAUGCCCCUCAGCCUGCUGCUGUCGCCUCCAGUGAGGAGGACUUUUUCCUUUGAUGCACUGUCCAAUGCCACGGCUGAUGCGCCCAUGUCAGUGGAAACAGAGGUAAUGUCUUAUUUCAAUUCUGCCCCUGUGAUGGAAAGCCUGCACCAGUUUCCAUGAAUUAAAAAAAUCGCACUCUGCUAUAAUGCCCCAACACCAUCCAUUGCACCAGUAGAAAGACUUUUCAGUCUCGGGAGUCUUGUGCUCACCCCAAAUCUCAACUGUCUUGGUGAUGGACGCUUUCAGCGCCUUCUCCUGAUGCACUUCAACAGAUAUUUCUGUCAAGUGGGUAGUGGAAUAGGCUAGCCCCCACACCAUAGAACCAUAAGUAGGCUAUAUAGGUCUAGGCCAUAAGUUCCUUUAUAGUUCUAUUUAUUUUACCAGCCUUGUUUGGCUGCAUGCUACCUCUGUUGUAUAUUUGGCAGUAACAAUUUUCCUGUAUAGACUUUAUUUUUUAUUUUCAAUUUUCCUGUGUGUGUGUUUAGCCAAGCUUACAUUUUUUGUGAAGUUGGACUGAAAUGACUGAGCUGUAUUUCCUAUGAGGUGUAAUAGGCCCUGGCACUUUUACUUUAUUUUUUGUAUUCUUGCAAAAUGUGGCUAGCCACACAGAGCCAUUAGCUAUAGGUCUAGCUAUAAGUGAUUUAAAUUUUACCAGCCUUUAUUUGAUAGCCUAUGUUUUAGCCAUUGUUUGGCAAAUAGCAGGGUUCCUCUGUUUGGCCUGCAUUUUAUUUCUUAGAAAUUGUAGUCUAUGUUUAGCCUACAUGUUAAUUUUUGUGAAGUUGGACUGAAAUGACUGAGUCGUAUUCCUGGAGGCCUAAUUCUCCAAGAGCACUUUUUGAUUCUUGAUAAAGCAUAAGCUAUGUCUAUCCAAUGCAUGCCAGCUUUGUGCUGUGAACUUGAAUUAAAAGAGAAUAAAAGAAUAGAAAUGAAAAGAAAAAGAGAUUGUGUGUCUUGUCAUGUCAUUAGGCUAUAAGUUAGAUAAUAGUGGGCUCUAGCUCUAUUGUGUUUCAUAUGAAUAGGCUUAGACUUUAAAUAUUUACAGUAUCUCUAUCAUAAUUUACCAGACUUUGAUCCUUUGUCUGCUUUUGUGAUUCAGACAGUGAUUGUUACUUAUUGUAUUGCGCCAUAAAUUUGCCCGUAAAUAUGAUGGUCAAACGCAAGGAAUGUUAAUUCCCAAGUUGAAGUACCUCAGUAGAUGGGUGCAGAGUAUAUAAUAUUGUAAUGUCAUUACAGUUACAUUACUAGGUUCAUAAUGUUCAGUAUUAUGUUAGUUAAAUAAUAAUGUUGUGUUUAUAUCUCAUUAUGGGAGGGGAGUGGAGUUAUGUGGGAGGAAGAGAGUUUUUCUUGUUGUUCAUACUGCCUCCGGUAGAGUGAGAGGUGUGUGUUGUGUGUAGCGUGUCAGAAUAGCUAGACGGCUGUGAGAUUUAAAAGUGUAAAGGCGUGGGUUACGGCCACAGCAUUAGCCCUAUCUUUGUGAAGUGUUCAAUAAACACUAAAAGAGUUCAACUGGCAUUAUAUUUGAAUGAGAAACGCUACAUUUGGUGUCAGAAGUGACGGACUUAGCGCAAAUUCAAGCCAGACUGCAAUGGACGCUAAGAUGGAUGCCGGGGCUCGGGCUAAAGUGAAAGUAGAAAAACCGAAGAACGAGUGCUUGUGGACACAUGAUCCUUAUGCAGAGCAGUGGUCUGUGAGAAACGCAGUUGGCUCUAUGGAAGCUGCCAUGCUUCGAGCUGCCAAAGCUGGAUUUGCUCUACCCUUAGUCCCACACGGUGAGAUCGCACAGCACAGUUUUCGUACCGACAUGACAGCGCACACAUACCUCUUUUUUUUUUGACAGCGCACACAUACCCCAUCACAGUGCCUUCACUUAAUGACGCAGGGACACGUGAUGUAAACAAACAUGGCGGCACCCAUAUGUGGAGCGGAUACGCUGGAGAUUCAGAUCAAAUGCUCGCUAUCAAAACAAAACACUGAAGAACUCCGGUAAGAUAGACUGGGACGCUUUUAAAGCACAGUUUGAACUGCUAGCUGAUGCUGCUGGUUGGACUUAAAGACAUGAAGCUUUACAGUUAGCCCUGUGCCUCACUGAUGAUGCAGCUGCCUGCCUGAUACUGUUGAGCCCUGGGGAGAGAAAUUAUUACGCAGCAUUAGUUGGGGCUCUUCAGAAACGAUUUGGACAAUGUUAUCAGCCUGUCCUUUUAAGGACUGAGUUUAAUAACAGGCGCAGACAACAUGGAGAGCCCUUAAGAGUUUUGGCUAAUGACAUUGAAAGCCUAUGCAAACGUGCCUAUGCUGACAUGCCACCCACAGUCCAGAAUGAGCUAGCUAGAGAGCGAUUUAUCCAAGCCCUGAGCCCAAGAGAACUACGUAUUCAAACGCAGCUGGCUCACCUUAAUACUUUAAGUGACACAUUGGAGCUCGCUGUGGAAAGAGAGAUAGUAGGAAAUGGAAUGGAACAGGAUGUCAUUUCACCAGUUGUGCAAACUGCAAUUAUGACUGACUCACCCACCAGAGAGCCUAUACGAUGAGAUAACACCGCACACGCAGCAGCACUGCAGCAGGGCCGCACAAUGUCAGAACUUUGCACACAUCGUCGGCUCCUAAGCUGCUGGGGGUGUGGCCAAGCAGGCCACCUGAUUAGACAAUGUCCCAGGUUCAGUGACAUACAGGGAAACGCCCAAGGGCCUGUGUAGAUGGGAGGACACGGGCCUGUGAUGAUACUCCUUAGGGUACACCCACGCCUCGAGAUGGGGAACUGUGGGUGGCGGAAUGUGCUAUAUCAGCCCCUAUAGAGACAGUAAUGACAGUGGUGUGGAUUUAUGUUGGAAAAUUCUGCCACAUACCAAUUUUAGUGGAGGGAGUCGCGUGUACAGCCCUGGUCGACACAGGAUCAAAUGCGACUUUUGGUGCAGCCUGAUCUGGUCCCAGGGGGGACUGCAGUAGAACCGACAUCAGCUCGAGAGAAUUAUUAUUAUUAUUAUUAUUUUUUACUAUUACAUUUGAAUGACUUUCCAAAGAAACAGAAAAUAGAGAGCAGUGGAUCAAGACAGUAAAAUGGGAGAAGAUGCCAAAUUUACUGUCACUCUCAACAGCUGUAAUAGAAACCCCCUCACAGCUGUGAAAAUUGUCAAGGCUGGAGACAAGGAUUUGGAUGGCCAGUUGGACUUUGAGGAGUUUGUGCACUACCUGAGGGACCAUGAGAAGAAACUGAGGCUGGUGUUCAAGAGUCUGGACAAGAAGAAUGAUGGUCGCAUAGAUUCACAGGAGAUCAUGCAGUCACUAAGAGACCUUGGGGUUCAUAUAUCUGAAGAACAGGCUGAAAAGAUCCUCAAGAGAAUAAGGAGGGGCCAUUUUGGGGCCCCUAUAAUGUAUAUGGAUAAAAACGGUACAAUGACGAUUGACUGGAAUGAAUGGAGAGACUAUCACCUGCUUCAUCCUGCUGAAAACAUUCCCGAAAUCAUCCUCUACUGGAAGCACUCCACGAUAUUUGAUAUUGGGGAAAGUAUGAUGGUCCCUGAUGAGUUUACAGUGGAGGAGAAGAAGACAGGCAUGUGGUGGAGACAUUUGGUAGCAGGAGGAGGAGCAGGUGCUGUGUCCCGGACCUGUACCGCACCUCUGGACCGUCUGAAAGUUCUCAUGCAGGUUCAUGCAUCACGCAGCAACUCCAUGGGCAUCGCUCGAGGAUUUACCCAAAUGAUCCGUGAGGGUGGAAUUCGAUCACUAUGGCGAGGGAAUGGUAUAAACGUUGUGAAGAUUGCACCUGAGACUGCUAUCAAGUUCAUGGCGUAUGAGCAGAUUAAGCGGCUGAUUGGCAGUAAUCAGGAGACGUUAGGGAUCCUGGAGAGAUUUGUUGCUGGGUCUCUAGCUGGAGCUAUUGCUCAAAGCAGCAUCUACCCCAUGGAGGUUUUAAAAACUCGACUUGCUCUGGGAAGGACGGGACAGUACUCUGGCAUUGUGGACUGUGCUAAAAACAUAUUUAAAAAGGAGGGUCUGGUAGCUUUCUACAAGGGUUAUAUUCCCAAUAUGCUGGGAAUCAUCCCUUAUGCUGGAAUAGACCUGGCGGUCUAUGAGACACUAAAGAACUCGUGGCUGCAGAGGUUUGCCACAGACAGUGCCGAUCCGGGUGUGUUUGUACUACUAGCUUGUGGUACAAUGUCUAGUACUUGUGGACAGUUAGCCAGCUACCCCUUAGCCUUAGUGAGGACACGCAUGCAAGCUCAAGCUUCUCUUGAAGGUGGCCCACAGAUGACCAUGAGUGGUCUCUUCAGGCACAUUAUACGGACAGAGGGCGCUAUUGGACUCUAUAGAGGCUUGGCACCCAAUUUUAUGAAGGUCAUUCCUGCUGUCAGCAUCAGCUAUGUGGUGUAUGAGAACCUUAAGAUAACCCUUGGUGUCCAGUCGCGGUGAGGGGUGUCAGAAGACUGUUAAAUCCUUAAUGGUUUUUGGUUUUUAGUUUUUCCUCUCAAAUUUUCUUUUGGACGAAAGAAAGAGAUUGUCCAAGAGGGACAGUUUGCUCUCAAGUGGAAGUGUAGCAUCCGUUGGCCAAGAAAGAACAUACGUUAAAGGGAAAACCAUCGUAUCAAAGACCUGAGGUUUACUUUGAUCACUGAAUGGUAGAGUAACUGGAGUAUAUAAAAGCAGGGACAUCAUUAAAAGCAUAGAAAGAUAAAGAUCGAUACCUCUACAUCAAAUAAAAUCCUAGCUGUGAGUAAAAUGUGGCAUUUCAAAAUGGGGUUUGAACUGGAUUGCAACACUACCCUCUUGCAUGCUUGAGGUCAUUUGAAAGAUCAAGGUUUUUGUUAUCUGGGCACAUUUGGUUUGUCUUUGUUUUUUUGUUUUUUAGGGACAAAGAAUUUGCAAGACUGCUUUAUUUUAAACUGCUUUAACGGGUUAGUUCACCCAAAAAAUGACAAUUCUGCCAUCAUUUAAUCACCCUCAUAUUGUUCCAAACCUGUAUGAAUUACUUUUUUCAGUGGAACACAAAUGGAGAAAUUUUAAAGAAUGUUGAGGGUGCUCUUUCCCAAACAAUGAAAAUGAAUGGUGACUGAGGCUGUCAGUCCCUAACAUUCUGCCUAACAUCUCCUUUUGUGUUUCACGGAAGAAAGAAAUUCUUGGAGCAACAUAAGGGUGAUUAAAAAUUGACAAUUUUCAUUUUUGGGUGAACUAUCCCUGUACAGAAGGACCAGACACCUGAUAUAUUCAUAGAUUUUGAUUUAGCAUGUGCAAAAUGUUAUUGUUUGGACAACUGGAAUUUUAUGCACUAAAGGCUUUGGAAGACAUAGUCCUAAUCAUCCAGACCUGGUCUCUGCAGAUUACUUAAUCAUUUCACUGGACAGCAGUAUUGAAUAAGAAAAGGACUUGAUCAGUCAUUGACACUACUGUAUAAGAUAUUGCCCAGAUAUUUAGCAUUUUGUUUAUAAAAUGUAUUAUUAUAAUUAUUCAUCUGAUGUCUCAACUCACUUUUAUUAUUAGAUUACUUGAUAUGCCAGUGUCUCGCAUCUUGAAACGAAGAUUGUGUAUCAGAGUGUGUAUACAACCUUGUUACAACAAGGAGAAUACAGGGAAAUAUUUGAAUGAUCUCAUUUAAAGACUGAUGUGUCUUAUCCUUCAAAUGGUCCUAAUUAUAUUGUUAAGGGCCUUUUGACAUUCAAUUUGAAUGUAUUUUUCUAUGUUGUUUAUUUAUUUCAUUUUGAUUGCUAUGGUCACUAUAAAAUGAAGACUACUUAAAAAUAAGAACACUAUACAUUUACACACACACUCCAUGGUGGCUGGCAACUAAUCAAGUCACUGGUUGCUUAAGGUUCUAAUUCGGCUACUUUGGGACAGUUCAGUAUUAAGUCCUGUUGUAGAUCAAGUUCAAACAGGUUUUUCUGUUUUGUUUAAAUUAGAUGUUACAUAGGUUUGAGAAUUCAACACCAUCUUAAAUGCAGUGGGUGGAGUUCUUUGUCUAAGAAGAUACUGUCCAGUCUUAAGUUAGAGAAAGAAAUGCAACUACUUAAUUUGUUUUACAUUUAGAAAAUGAUAGUUUAUUCACAUGUAAAUGAUAUAUUCUUGCAAUAUAUUUCCCACCAGUAUUAGUUUGCAAGUAUUUCAAACAUGAAUAUAACGCUCUGAUUUGUACUCACUUCUAGUCAAGGAUGUAUUUAAGCACUUUGUUUUAGUAAAACUAAAUCAGACUUGAAUUUUCAUAGGAGGGUUUACAGUGGAAUGGAAUAAUAGUAUUCUGUAGUUGUAGUGUUUGUGAUCUAAUUUUAAGAAGAUAUUAAUUGUCAGCAUUUAUGUUUAUUGUAUCUGUUUUCAGGCAAAAAGCUUCGGUCGUUGUAAAGAAAACACUUUUUGACUGGGACACAGGAUGUCUUUGAAAAAAAAUAGUUGCUAAUGAGUCUAUUCUGCAACAGCAGAUAAAUAUCUUCUAUAUUUGAAGAUGGCAUAAUUUGAGAUUGGGCACCCAUAUGUUUAUUAUGUACAUUUUGAUCAACAAGAAAAAGAAGUUGCUCUCACAGCUAUUGCAUGUCAAAACCUAAAACCCACCAGUUAUAUGGGUUGUCGCCCUAUGUAAUUCUACAAGACCUUAGUGUUCAUAUAGUUGCCUUAUUUAUCAUUAAAAUAACGCUGCUUUUAGACUCUUUAGGGGGAAACAGGAGGAGAUUAAGUGACAAACUGAAAUAUUUUUCUAAAGAUUUAAUUCUCAGGGAGAAUUUAAUGGUCUUAGACACUCCUUUGUAGUUAUGUGUUGCAGAUUCUUCUGAGACUCUUUUCUAUUGAGCGCUGGAAUGUCUGCAUGUAUAUAACUUGUAUGGAAAGUUUCAGUUUGUGAAGACAUAUGAACAGUUUGCCUUGUCCAAAUACCAGCCUCAAUAAUAAAAGAAUGGCUUAGAUUAGUGAAAAAUGGCAAGCGCAAUCACUACCCCAUGCCCCUAUUCCAAAUCCCGAUGGUGGCUGAACUGAACUAAGCUGUGGCCUGAUUCCCUUGGAAUGCAUGUAUGUGUCUUGUCUAAAUAUGCACAAAUUGCACUGUAGAGUCUUUACAGGGCUUUAAAAGCUGUAUUGCCUGUCUCAAUGGAUGCAGCUUCUAUUUGUCAAAGUUUCUUGUUUUGCAUUUUGCACCUUUUUUUUUUUUGUUUCUCACAGGAGAAAUCUUUGGACCACUCUGGUCUUGUGUGCUAGACCCUUUUGCAUGAUUAUGUUGAGACUAAAGGCUUUAAAUUUGUAUGUGUUUUUGCCAUUCUACACAAUCAAGGAAUGCCCCUCUAUCAGACUGCCUCAAAUCUGCCUUACCGUUCUGCUGUUUGUUAACCAUGCUACGCCUUCUGCGAGUUUAAAUGCACACUGUUUGCCACAUGUAUAUAUCAAUAUGUACUGUUGCUGGGGUCCCCUAAGUGUCAAAAACACACAUGCUAAAAUACAUCCAAAUAUUUCUACUGCAAAACAUAUCUAGAUGUGAUGACACAUCGGUGAAGUUUUAGUUGAUGUUGAGAUGUGCAAAUCAAUGCAAAACUGUUUACUGGACAAAAAAAAAAAAAAAAAAACUGUAUUGUCCUCUGUAGAAUGCAUACAUUGGAUGUAGAGUAAAAAAUGUUUAUAAUUGUUAGGUUUAAUAAAGUUAUUCUUGAUUCUUU